CUAGAGCGGUCUCGCCGCGGAGCAUGCUGGGAAGGCGCUGCUCCGCCUCGGGCGCGAUGGCAGGUCUGGCGCUCCUCGUUUUGCUGCUGGCGGGGGCGGCGAGCGGCGCGGCGCCUGCCUGGGAUGCGGCCGGAUACCUGCUGUACUGCCCCUGCAUGGGUCGCUUCGGGAACCAGGCCGAGCACUUCCUGGGCGCCCUGGCCUUCGCCCGCGCCGUCAACCGCACCCUGGCCCUGCCGCCCUGGAUCGAGUACCGGUCCUACACCAACCGGCACGUUCCCUUCACGGAGUUCUUCAGACUGGAACCGCUACUGCGCUACCACCGCGUCCUGAGCCUCGAGGAGUUCAUGGAGGAGCUGGCACCCACGCACUGGCCCCCGGGCAAGCGGGUGGCUUACUGCUUCGAGGUGGCAGCCCGCCGGAGUGCCGAUGGGAGCACCUGCCCCAUGAAGGAUGGAAAUCCCUUCGGUCCCUUCUGGGAUCAGUUCCAGGUGAAUUUUGACAAGUCGGAGCUCUUCAAAGGAAUCUCCUUCAGCCCUGCAUACAAGGACCACUGGAUCCAGAGGUUUCCACCAUCGGAGCACCCUGUGCUUGCCUUACCUGGAGCUCCAGCCCAGUUCCCAGUCCUAGAGGAGCACCGGCCCCUCCAGAAGUACAUGGUGUGGUCUGAGGGAAUGGUGAAGAAAGGAGAAGCCUAUAUCCGUUCUCUGCUGCUCCGGCCCUACGUGGGAAUCCACCUGCGGAUUGGCUCCGACUGGAAAAAUGCCUGCAAUAUGCUGAAGGACGGGACGGCCGGGCCGCACUUAAUGGCAUCGCCACAGUGUGUGGGCUACGACUGGAGCAUGGCUGCUCCGCUCACCAUGGACAUGUGCCUGCCAGGCCUUCCAGAGAUCGAGCGCGCCCUCAGGCUUUGGGUGGGAAAGACAGAUGCCAAAUCUGUUUACAUCGCUACGGAUUCGGAACCCUACACAGCAGAAAUAAAGCAGUUCUUCCAGGGAAAGGUGAAGGUGGUCACCCUGCAGCCAGAGGUGCCACAGGUGGAUUUGUACAUCCUCGGUCAGGCUGAUCACUUCAUCGGGAACUGCGUCUCUUCCUUUACUGCCUUUGUGAAAAGAGAGCGUGACGUGCAUAGAAAACCCUCCUCGUUCUUUGGGAUGGAUCACCCGCCAAGACUACGAGAUGAAUUCUGACAGCACGGGCUCCGUGGAUCGCAGGGCUCAGAGCCCGGUGCCUUGCAAGGGAUCCCUCACUACUGGCAGCGCUCUCCUGCCCACAGAGCUGCCGGGCUCUUCUCAGGCACUGCCGGGCUGCUUUGUCUGACUCCUCCCGUGUUUCCAGUGGGAGACAGACCAGAAAGAGACUUUAAAUCCUGUAGUUCAUAGGAAGCUCCAGACCCUGUCUGGUUCUUAGGUGUAGUUCAUGUAGCUCGUGCUCUCACUGGGGUUUGACCACAUCUUGAGGAAGCAGCUGCUCGGACGUCCUCCAGAUUUUUUCCGUUAAAUUUAAAUGUUACCUGGAGGUGUUAGGAAGCUUCUUGUCCAAAAUUGACUGUAAGUGCAGAGUAUGGUCAGGAAUAUUCCAAUGCCUGGAGAGGAGCUCAAGGAAAAGCUCUGGACAAACUGGAAGGGUGUGGGUUUUGCUGCUGUUGCCUUCCUGGGCACUGUCGGCUCCGUGCCUCCGUCCCCUUCUCUGCCAAAGUGAUGCCACCCACUUUGCAGUGGAGCACCCAGGUCCCCGGUGGUGCUGCAGAAUCGGAGUAGGGCUGUGUUUUUACGCCUCAGCCAUGUGUGGAGCUGGGGAAGGUGUUGGCGGGACAACGGGUGGGAUUGUGCCAGAGCUGGGGCUUUUGGUGUCGGGACAGGGAUGGGAGUGGGUUUGAGCCAGGGCGGCAUGUGUCUGUGUUACCUGGUUUUGUGCUUUGUCAGGACCUCUGCCAACUGCCCCUGUCCUGGGGAUCCCAGUGGAAAAAUGUGGGAAGUCUUUGUAGACUGUGAAGCUGCAGCCCAACCCCUGGGCCUGGUGCAGUGCGCUCUGGGGCUGGGAAUGCUUCUCCGGCAAAUCUGUGGUGCCGGUGCCAGCUGCCUCUGGUGCCUCGCUACACUCCGAACCACAACGCUGUCUCCACACCAUGUUAUCUCAGGGCGUUUGCGGGGCUUUAACUACCAAUGUCAUUUGGGGGUGGGUUUUUUUUUCCUCUUUGGAACUUGCUGAGCCUGGGAGGAGUUUGAAGGCUCAGGAGGGAGCAGAGAAGGGCUGAGCGAGCGCUAGGGCGGCAAAGGCUCCGCUCUGUUUUCCUCAGUGCUGGCAUCACAAAAUUAUGAGGUGUGAGGGUUUCAGAGCCUUUGCUGAUCAUGGAUGAUGCUGCCAGGGCUGCCUCACCUCAUCGUGGACCAAGCAGCCUCUCUAGCUCCUGUCAGGAAGAAUUUUUUCUUAAAACGUUACUUUUUUAUAUAUAUAUAUAUA